AUGCAAUCUCACGCUCAAGUUCAGCCUAGCGCUGGCCCUGGCGCCGCAGGGAUUGUAGUUGGACGACCCGUCGGGCAAAUAGGACAAGGCGUAGAUGCGCCAUAUGGAGAAGGAGCUACACUGGGAAGUCCGGUUAAUGUAUUUCUUCUGUACAUUUCAUCCAAUUUUCAACACGACUUGGCCCGUUGAAAGAGCUACGCGUAGUACAACACUUGGCCCGUUGAAAGAGCUACGCGUAGUACAAUUUACCAGGCAGUCACUUCGAUUUCAGUAAGCAAAAAUUAACAUCAUGUACAACCAACAUAGUUACUCACCAGUAGAAUUAGUUUCUAUCCACCGAUGUCUACGCUAACCAUCUACCUCUUGUAUCAACAUCUUCACUUUAUCUUUUAAUACUUACAAGCUCCGAUACCACUAACCUUCUCUGUCAUCAUCUUACAUGCUUCUAUAAUCCUGAAAGAAUCCUGAACAGGGCACCACGACACAGCAACAUGCAUCAGUUGCGCCAAUGCAACCUCUUGCUGGUGGCGGUGGCGGCACCUUACCUGGACAGUAUGGCUAUGGCCGACCCUCAGGAGGCGGACCCAACAGAGUCAUGAUUAUGCCAGCUUUUGUCGUGCUUGAAAAAAAUGAUAAUUGAUAAAUAGAUGGGAGAUCGAUGCGCAUAGGCAUACGCUUGGAGCUGAAAAUCAAAAUGGAUAGAACCUUCCUUCGACUUCUUAGAAGUACUUAUAUACGACCAGUCAUCUUUUGCUUUUCUUUCUCCACGUCUAAUAUCAUGCUACAACAAGGUGGAGGGAGGCCGCCAGUAAUGAUGGUCAUCGUGGAUAGUGGGAAUACGGAAUAUAGACCAGAUCCAAGAAUAUUAUGAAGAGGUUAUUUUUUUUCAUUUUUGUUCAAUCUCUGACUUUCCAGCUACUUCCUAAGUAAAUCAUCUUCCUUCAUCUUGAAUCUUUCUUCUUCUUCUCUCUAAAUCAAGGCGGCCCUUUUUCUGGUGGGCAUAUGAUCAACGCAAGUGGGAACCUGGAGACCUUGGAAAAUGUCUACCCUCCAACGCUUCUCGCUGUUGUAACGUGCUUCUGCUGUUUCUUUCCUGGUGGAAUCUGUGCCUGCAUUUCACUCUUAAAGUGUCAAGAGUUAUGAUUGGCGAAUGAAGGAGAAGAAUUUUGAUAUUCAUUUUUUGUGAACCUGAUUGAUUGAUUCACAGUGUGUGAAGAUGAUAUUGACCUAUCGUCAAUCAUGUACAAUACUGGGCAAAAAUGCUAAUGGCAAGAACGAUUUCCAGUCAACACGACUCCUAAAUGCCUCUGCAUGACUUAAUACAGUAUUUCAUUUAAAUUCAUGCAUUUCCUACGUCUCUUCUAAUACCCGGUCAUGCAGCAAUAGCAAGACAAGACACUGAAGGAGCGAGGAGGGCAAAAGAAGACGCUAUGCGAUGGAUUUACGCUUCCUGGAUGGCCACUGUGUUCUUCAUGAUCUUCUACUCUUUUCGGUGAGCUGCAGAAGGAGCUACUCUUCUCCGACGACCAAGUGGAAGAAGAAGAACAGUAUUGCAAGACCACUGCCAAUAGAAUCGAGUCGUGAGCUGAGUUGUACAACUACCACUAGAAGUUCUUGUACUACAUCAGCGAGUACUAGUAAAGAGCAAUAUAUUGCUUUAAACUUCUAGUAGUCCAAGCGAGUACUAGUAAAGAGCAAUAUAUUGCUUGAAGGGAUAAGCCUAAGGAUAGAGGGAAAACGAUCCGGCUGCUUUACUUUAGUGCUUCAAACUUCUAGUAGUCCAAGCGCAACCUGGAUCGUGCGCGACUUCUGCUGCUCCUCUUGUCGCACCCCCUCGCCUAUUACAGGCGCCAUUUCUCUCGUCCUUGAUGGAGGCACCAGGCUAGGCUACGAAUCGUGGGUCGCCCUUCAUGGCGACUACGCAGUCCACGGAACAAAGAAGGGGAACACUGGCGAGAAUCAGCACACGGCACACGCAAUCUGAAGAAGAAGAAAUCCACUCCAAUUCCGAUGAUAUAAUCGAGUUCUUCUAUAUUAAGUGGAACAAAAGUCAUCCAUUUCGAAAUGUUCUUCUGAAGCGCAUCGUUCUUUAUGCAGCUUCGAUGAGAUCCAGAUGCGGUCACCGUUGACUUCGCAUUUGAUUUUGUAGUACCAUAAUCGACUCGAGCAGGAGAUUGAUAGCUUGAUCAUGCAUAUCCUCCUAUCUCGAUGAUCGUGCGCUCCCGCUCUGCUCCGUAU